UUCAAGUGCUCGACGGGCGCUAUCGAUUAUUCAGUUUUGCGGGAGCUAUAGCUAUAGAUAUAGAUAUACUCGUAGAUAUAUGUAUGUAUAUGUGUGGAUGACCAUCGACGGAGGCCAAGCGCACGCACACAAAUUUGUCUUGAUGCAACGAAGUUACCUCUGUUCCCCAGCUUCUCCUGUCCUCUCCUCCCCCCGGAAAAUGCUAGAGGAAAACAGAUUUUCACGUUCUAUUGCAUCGCCUGCUGCCCACCUUCGUCCUUCGUCCUUCGUCCUUCGUCUUGGGUCCCCGGGGCUCCUGUAGCCGCAUUAAAUAUUCAUCUACUUCGUCAUCGUCUGUCGUCCUUCGUCCUUCGCUGUCAUCGUCCUGGUAAUCGCAAAUUCAGCGCUAAAUCACAAUCAAAAUGCGCGUAAAGUGGCAUUUCAAGUGAUUCGCCUCUUUUUUUUAUGAAUUCUAAAUUGCAAAUCAUUUCGUUGAUUAAAUUGAAAACUGUUGGCGAUGCGACUUCCUUCGCGGGAAGCAAAGUUUGGAUUUUCAAAACACAAGUGCAGUUCUAUGCAGACGCCGAAUCUUCUGAAUCCACAAUGAGUAUAAUAUCGCCUGAUUAAUGAUGGGUAUUAAAGGAAAUUGCUGCCUGUACUGGUACUGGUACUGGGUACAUGACAGACAGUUUAAUAAUUUAGGCUACACAAUUUCUCCAUUAGCCUAUUUUUAGGUUAAUUGCCAUAUCGCCGUAUCGAUUGACAACUAAACGCGUUUGGGUUUUCAGUGGCCGUAAGGACAUCGUGUGCAACUCGCUAUUAAAUUUCACACAGCUAAGUGGGAAAAAAUGCAUACAUGGGAUGGAUGAAUGAGUACACAAGGACGAGGGAGACAGCUGGCAGUUAAGUGAAUUAUGUCUGCAAAUGAUUUUUUCUUGUCACCCAGUUUUCGCAGAAUUUCCCCCCAUUUUCACUUUGCACCACAUUUGCACCUUUGUGCACAUUUCCAUGCUUUCGAGUGCAGCUGAAUGUCGAGUGUGUGCCGUGUGUUUCGUGUGUGCCGCUUUGUUUCUGCCCUAAAUUUGCAAUUUAAAUGUAAUUUCUCAGGGCAAAUGGGUUACUUUUAUUUGGUUUAUGACAACUGCACACCCAGGCAAAACGCACCGAUUUAAUGCUUUCAGACAAGUGGGCGGAAGUGGGUGUUCUGCUUCCUUCGGUAUGAGUAUGAACUCAUGUGAGUGAGUAUACUCGUACUCAUAAGUAUUGCCAAGCGAAAUGUCCUGGAAAAGGAUAUCUUUACAAAGUUACUAUAUUCAGAUGAAACAUCUUUUUUAACUACCUUUUCUUCAUUACAUGAUAACAUAGCCCUGACAUUGCAGCUAUUAAGUUUCUGAGUUUCUGAACUGAAUGUUCCGGCUUAGAGUUUCCUCCAGUGAAAUGGAUUUUCGAAAGUGUAGCAUUUGCAUUUUUCCCGGGUAAACAGAAAGUGAAAUGGAAUGGGGAGCAUCCGAAAGAAGCUUUAUGCCGAUUAGCACUUGCAGAAUUUUCAUUUGGCCAGAAGUUUGCAAGCCGAUUGUGUUUGUGCCACGGCGAUGUCGCCAUCUGCGUGCAGCUGUUUUCCGCGGUUUGUUUUUCCAUUUUCGAGUGGUUUAUUGUUCGCUGCCAAGGCGGUGAAAACCAUUAACAAAAUGUCUUUGGCGCCGGCCACUCGAUGCACUUUACUCAUCCUGGCACUAUCCACUUUGCCGCACCAAUUCCAUUGCCAAGGAUUUGGGAAUGAAAGUCGCGAUUCCCAGCUGGCUGAGUCCCAGAUGCGAAUCUUUUCGCUGACUCUGCUGGGAGUCUUCGUUCUGGUUCUUCUGGGCUUCGCGGGUGAGUUAAGAAGCAUUUCAUUGCCUCGAUCAACUCGCAGAGCGGAGAUUUCCGAUUUCCUGUGUCUUUGGCCAGGAUGUAUCUGCUGCUUCUGCCGGAUCUCGCGGGCUGUGGAAUCGACUUCCGAUGGCCUCGAUGUCUACGCCCCGCGCACCCAGAGCAUCGUGUGGCCCACGAUGCCCCAGGAGGCGGCCCGCGUCCUGGAGAUGACCUUCCUGCACGCACCCAAGGUCAACUGCCUGUGCCGCAACUGCUGCAUUGCCAGAAACUCGUUCUGCAUCGAAAACUGUGGGGUAAACAAGGCCAGGUGGAUCUUGCUGCUGGCCACCUCGGUUUCCUGUGCUCACCUGGCCAAAGCUGAUGACAACUUUACGGAUUUUGACUGGCUUAAUGUAACGCAGCUGCUGCAAAUGGCUGAAUUCCAGUACGAAAACAACACUGGCGCCAAUUCCACGGAACUCGACUUGGCCACGCUGGCUGACACCCCCAUUGUUGCUCCAACGGAUGCGGAUAUCAGCACCAGCUUCAAAAACGAAUCUCCAUUCGAGGACCUUCGACAACAUCGGCACUUUGGCCGCUUUGUCUUCAUGGUUCUGCUGCUGCACAUAUCCGUGGUGGGAGUUGGAAUCACCAUCUACAGCUGUGUGCACUGCAGAUGGAGGAACCUGAGGAAGCGUUCCAGAAUGGAGGCACAACGUCGGCUGCAGCUGACAAACCUGCGGUCAGAGCACAUUCCCAAUUCCCGGGACUGCCCGUGCCACGGAUGCAUUUUGGCCAGGGAAAUGCUGCAGGGCUUGAUCAUGCACCAGUUACACGAGCUGGUCGAUUGCUGACAUGGAAUGCAAGUGCAACUGGCGGACAAGAAUUUGGCAGGUGCACAUGAAUGCCAGCUUGUGGCAAUAUGGAUGGAAGGACUACACUUCCCAACAAAGUUGUGACAAAUUAUACGUUCUUAAUAGGCUUAGGAUCAUGGCACUGAGAUACUAUUCUAAUGUAUGUUAAUCAACCAUAAAUAUGGCUAUUAUCCAUAUGAAAGGAAUUAUCCCUCCUAAAAGGAUUAGUGCCGCAAAGAAUGAAAGCACUGGGCCUUGGACUCCUUUGUAGAGUAACUCUUUUUCACCCUGGAUUUAUGUGACCACCCAGGUAAUAAUCCUUUCCAGGUGAACGGCGCACAGAGCGUCUGUGCAACCUGAUUAGGAUUUCACAUGUUGCAUAAGAGCCCGCCUUCCUAGAAGGAGUCGUUCGCUUAAGCGGACACAAAUGUCAAUGUUAGCCACACAACUAACACAACCAACACAACCAACACAACACAAACACAAUCGCCUUCCCCACCAACACAUUGCUACUUACAGCCAUAUUCAUGUAUAUUGGCAGUUGCAUUGUCAGGGAAAUGCAACAACAGCUGCCGCGGAGAGAUAGUGAGUGAGGGGAGCGGGAAAUGUGGGGAAAGCGGGGAAAAACUGUGCUGACAUGCACAAGCAGUUUAACAGCUUUGUGCUGUAGGUCAAAGUUCACCGAGUCUGCAAUCGCCUCAUAUUUAGUUAAGCCCGCAGCUAGACAAUAAGUUUACUUUUAAAUGGUUCAAUUUACUCGCUGUCUCUGGCACAAAUAUUCAAAUAUAUACUUAUUUACCUCAAGGAAAAUUGAAUUUACAAAAGGAAUCUAUUAAAAUGACGGACUUGCCCUACAAAGACGGUCGUGGCUAAUCCAUUACCUUGUCAAGUUGCCACUUAAGCCCUCAAGAAGUUCCCCGGUCGAGUAGUCAGCAGAUCCGCCACAUUGCGUAUACGCCAGGGUGACACAGUCACAGCCAAGCAACAAACAACGAACAACAAACAGCCAAAUCCCGCCAUCCAUCAGGAUGUGGCUUUAAGUCUAAUGCACUGGAUACUCGUACCACGUUGUCAGCGAUCACUUUUCAGCCAGGUCGGUGAUGUUUUUAUUGUUAUUUGAUUGCGAUUCAAAUGUACACACAAAGGGAAAGCGCUCGGAGCCAAGUGAAUAAAAUAACAAAUAUAAAAUGGCAGGGGAAACGGCAAAAAAGCCGAAAAACUGGAAAACCUGAACUUGAGCCCUGGCAAACACGCACAAAACACGGACAGGCCAAUGCCAAAAGCCCAAACGCGAAGGAAACAACGCACGUUCAUGUCGAACAGGAAGGAAGCCACAAGGCACACAGGAAAAGGAACAAAAAGCGACAGAACGAGGGAAAUGGCGCAGGGCAGGGGUACCUAAAAGGGGGUUGGGGGAUAGGGGGAGGUAGCAAGGACCUUAGAAGAGGAGGAAGAAAAGCCCGCUCCAAGGGCAAGGAUGCUGAGGUAGCGAGCGACGCAGGCUGCCACAGCAAUCACUAUAACAAAAGGCACGACAAUCACAGGGCAGUUCCAUUAAAAGUAACUGCGGUUUACUAAAUGAAACUAUGGAAGCGAUUCAAUUGAAUUCGGAAAUAAGUAGUAAGGAAUAAAGUAAGUAAGUUAUCAAGGGAUUUCACAAAAGUAUUCAUAAUGAUUCAAUGAAUUAAACUUCUUCCUAGCCGAAAUGGUCAGUUUAAAAGGAAAUCCCCAAUUUUUUCCUUACACUGGAUUUUAUAUUAUCCAAGGUUGGCAUUACUCCCUAGGGUUUUUUAACCUUAAGGACCUUUAAGGACCCAAGUCCCACUUAUCGAUGCCCCACUGUACGACAAUAACAGAAACUCGACUUAGACAUUCCAAUAACAAUGCCCCAGAAGAGCGAAGAAAAUGCCCACCAACUGGAAGCCCCCUUCCAGUAGGAAAAACUUGGGCAGCCGGAGCAAAAGGAUAGCGAAAGUAGUAAAAAGUUAUCGGGACUCGGGACUUGGGACGAAGGUGCCGCCAGCAGUGCGGGCACAAGAGGAGUGCCUCAGCGGGCGGAGGCUGGAAUUAAUUUUGCGUUCAUCCACGCUUGGCUGGAGCGGAGCACGGUGGCCCGGGAACGAGGUGAUGCGGAAGGGACGCGGCUGGAGGCACCAAUCCUGGCCAACUUGGGGCAAAUAUUUGCCCAGCCCGAAGUAUCCAUUCGGCCCGGAAUUGGAUGCACCUGAUGCCCAGCCAAGCGCUUGCAGGCGGUAGCAGCAGCGGGGAGGAGUUCCUGGCAUGUACAUGCAAAUUUAUUGGACACGACUCUGAGAUAAUGCAAAUUACGCUUCCAAUCAGGUUUCAAUUUCAGCUCACUGCCAGAGCAAAUUCGCCGUAACUAACCAGAUAUUACAAGCCAAAUGGAUGUAGAGUUGGCAUGAGGUAAGCCUUAAACACCAAUCCUUGAAGAAGAAUUUGUCUUUAUUUUGCAAUGAUUGUUAAAUUACCUGACCUCUCCCAAAUGCGUUUCGUAUUUUCUUAACUUUUUUCAGGGGUUUGGUGAGCUGCACUCUUAAUUACUUGAAACUUUGCACAACUGUUGUCUUAAGUUAUGUUGAGUCCUGGUUUAAACGUUAAGUCCGGCCAAACUUUCGCCUUAGCCCAAGGCUUCACUUUCACUCGCAGUUCUCCCCCGAAAAGUGUGCUACGAAAAUGUUGCAGUUGCAGCGAGUUUUCAUGGCCACCGCCAGCGAAUCCGGUGACCAGCUGCUGGCUGUGGCCCUCUAUUGCAAUGCAGUGGCAGGCAGUGGUAGUCAGUGGCAGGUGGGAUGCAAGGGUAUCGGGAUGGGCUGUAAUCAGACUGCAUUAACGCCGAAUUAGCCGCACAAUGCAGUUAUCCUGGGCGCAGGACGUGGAAUGUGCAAGGGAACGCCGUCUAAUUGGGCCUGCCAACGGGCUCGUCCUGCGGGAAGGGACCUUGGCGCGGCCUAGGGCUUUAAUUGUUUUAAAUAUUUACUGCCAGGACUCGAAGGACACUCCCACCAAUACGCACACACACACACACGCACAACUCGCACAAUCGCACACAGAUACAUGGGCACGCGGGACUUACACA